CGGCCUGCCCCUCCCUCGCUCCACCUCAUGAGGCAAAGAGGCCGCCGCACAUCACGCAUCUCAGCCCCAACAAAUCAGAAUCAUCCCCUGCCCCGACUGCGCCCCCGUCUCCCUUCCCACCGCCAUGCUCCCCCUCUCCCCAUGGACGCCCUUCCCGCCUUCGCCGCCGCCCCACGUGAUGGACCCCUCUUUCCCUCUUCUCCUCCACGGCCACGCCGCGUCGCUGGCUGAGACCCGCUACGGUUGCCGUGAGCCGCCGCCCGCCCCGUAUCCCCAUGCCCGAAGCUGCAGCCGAGAUGCGUCUGAGCGAGAACGAGGGGAUCAAGGAAGUUUGGUUCGCGAUGACGAGAUGCAUCUGAGCGAGAACGAGGGGAUCGAGGACGUGUGGUUCGCGAUGACUAGCGGGCAGGGGUUCGCCGGCGCUACCAUAUGUCCGGAGCUGAUCUGCUGCGAUGCGCUGGAGGUCCGCUCCCUCGAUCUGCGCGAUUCAUCCUCCUGGUCACGUCGGCUUCAACUUCUUCAAGGUGCGGCCAGCAGCAGAAGCACCACCAUACCCUCCCUUCCUCCAACCCUAGCGAUCCGGCCAUCUUGGCGGCGGCCAGAUCCACGCUGGGACAGGACCUGCUUGUGCUCGUGAGGAGAGGCACGCCAUGGAGCAGCUCGUCAAGGACAGGUCCGACCCUUCCCUUCCCUUCGUUCUAUGCAGUUAAUCCAAGGGUUAUAUGUUCUAUAUUGGAGUACUCUGCAUUCAAAUUAUUUCCUGUGUUAUAUUAUGAGAUUGAUGUUCUUAAAAUAUGUAUUCUCAAUAAUAGUACAAAAUACAUGUCUGUGCUCCCAUGGAUCCAGGAAGUAUAAGAUGAACUCGAUAAUCUCGAAUUGGUUUCAUUAUUGCUGUCCCGGUCCUCAUGAGCGGAUAAUCUUUCUACAACGAGUAGAUGGGGGUACAUGGUUUGGGUUGCUCUGCAGAACUGAAAUAGUUUUCCGAUUACACACUUUAUCAGAACCGAGGCACGGGUAGGCUGUGGGUUGUGCCAUCACAUUAGUGAAAAUAGAUGUACAAUGCCAAUUAGUAUUUUGUUUGUUGCUUCAUCAUCCCUCACAGACUUUCAGGUUUGGUAUUCUUGCUUUUAUGAUAUACUUAAUGAUUGAGGAAGGAUCUAUGCGAUCGAAACAGAUGCCUUGUUCUCAUUGAUGUCAUGAUACGCUGUGAGGCAAUUCCUUGCCAUUGGCCAUGUUAGGUCGUUAUUAUCUAUGCAUGUAGGAGGCUUUUGUUUUUUUAUAUAUUUAUGGGCUGAUUAAUUAUGGGCUGGGGUUAGUAUCCUUUUGGAAAAUGCACUGUAUUUCAUUUCCUGUUUUGUAUCAUUCAAGAUUCUUCCUUUGAUGUUAUUUUGCUGCUGGUCACGCUCCUAAUGGCAUUUGUUAAUACAUGUAUCCAUGGUUUUCUUGUGUUAUGAUUUAUCUGUUGGAAAUAUGCCCUAGAGGCAAU